UGAACGUUUGAUGAUUUGUGAACAUUUUGGAGAACGAGAAUUGAUUCACUGGAGCAUUUCGUUUCUUUUGCGUCAGCAGGUUAACAUUCAUAUGUGAAAGCAGCGACUACCAAGAAGUAAAAAGAUGCACGUGUUGGUCGAGUUUAACGUUUUCUGGUCGUUAGUCGGCAUGCUUCGGAUGUACCGAGAAGAUUCUUUUCGUAACGACCGUUGGUCCUACGCCCGCGAGUCGGGGGUGCAUAUCAUCGAGGGCUCCCAGGUGGAGGAAGAGGAUCUUCGCUUGUGGUCCGGGAUGUCCGGGGUUUCAUCGCCCAGUGGGACGCAGACACUAUUGUGUGCAGCGUGACAACGACCGAUACAGUGGCAGACGAAAGGGCUACAUGCAAACGCGACGGAAACGUCCAGGGAACAGGUCUAGUAUGGCCUGGGCGAGUGUGGCACGCGCAGAGGCGGCUGCGACCAACUCUGGGGUGUCAACAUCAUAAGUAGAUGAUAGUGCAGUUAUCCCACUCGAUAUUUGAAUGUAAUACUUUUACUUCAGCGAUCUACAUCUACUUCAGUGUCAGUGAAGAUAGUCACAGUGUCAUCGACAUGUUCGUAAAAAUGUUGCUCACUUCUAAACAAACAUUUUCUUGGGUACUCCUGUUUUGACAUUUGGACAUUUUAGCCAUCGAGAAAAACUCUGAACACGUGCCAUCGUUUUGAAUGACCAGAGCUCUAGUUUUGUGAAU